UUAUCAUUGCAGCGAGAAGUGUCCGGGAAGUGAUGGUUUCCGAAAAUUGAUUUUCCUUUCCUCUGUUGGUGAAAAGUUCUGUAUCCUGUUUUGGCAACUCAUCCUCGCACACCCGGAACAGCGUGAAGCGUAGUGCGUGUGUAGUUCAAAGACCAUAUAACGGAAGUGUUUAGUACAUAUUUUGUAAGAAGAAAAAAAAAUGCACGGCUCAUCUAGUGUAGAAAAAAUGCAGAGCAACGUACAAAUUAAGGAGGAUAUGCCAAAAAUAGACACUAUCAAGCUGAGAAACAAACACAUCGGCAAAUCCUGUCAGCUGUUUUACAAAACCGAUCCGUUGAAAAUCGUUCGUGGUCAGGGACAAUACAUGUACGAUGAGGAAGGUACACGCUACCUGGACUGCAUCAAUAAUGUCGCCCAUGUCGGCCAUUGCCAUCCGACGGUGGUGGAAGCCGGCACGCGCCAACUAGCCGCAUUGUCCACCAACAAUCGCUUCCUGCACGACGAACUGGUGAAGUGUGCCCAAACGCUAGCGGAUAAAAUGCCUUCGAAUCUUUCCGUAUGCUACUUUGUCAAUUCCGGAUCCGAGGCGAACGAUCUGGCAUUGCGACUUGCCCGGCAACAUACGAAACGGCACGAUAUUAUUACUCUAGAUCAUGCCUAUCACGGUCAUGUUUCUGCUGUAAUGGACAUAUCCCCGUACAAGUUCAACCAACCGGGUGGUGACCCGAAGCCCGAUUUCGUACAUGUCGCACCCUGUCCGGAUGUCUAUCGUGGCAAGCACCGGGAUUGUGAUUACCCAGAGGAAGCAGACUUAGGGCAACUGUACGCCGACGAGGUGGCUCGGUUGGUCGAGCAAAAUCCGAACAAAAUUGCUGCGUUCAUAGCGGAGAGUUUGCAAAGCUGCGGCGGACAGAUCAUUCCACCGAAGAACUACUUCAAAAAAGUCUAUAAUAUUGUUCGAAAUGCGGGUGGCGUAACAAUAGCCGAUGAGGUUCAGGUUGGGUUUGGACGCAUCGGUACCCAUUAUUGGGCCUUUGAACCACACGGUGUGGUACCAGAUAUCGUUACGGUAGCCAAACCAAUGGGUAACGGGCAUCCCGUUGGUGCUGUUGUAACUACACCGGAGAUCGCCGAAAGUUUCGCCUCCACCGGAGUGUGCUAUUUCAAUACGUACGGAGGUAAUCCGGUUUCCUGUGCAAUUGCAAAUGCCGUGAUGCGUGUCAUUGACGAAGAAAAACUCCAAGAAAAUGCCCUCACUGUAGGAAACUAUCUGCUCGAUCGAUCACGGGCCUUAGGACACGAAUAUGACACAGUGGGUGACGUACGCGGGACGGGUCUUUUCAUCGGGAUUGAGUUAGUCACAAACCGGAGGGCUCGAACGCCGGCAACAAAGCUUGCGAAAGCCGUUGUCGACAGAAUGAAGAAUGCGCACAAGAUUCUCGUAAGCAGUGAUGGACCAGACGACAACGUUAUCAAACUAAAGCCACCGAUGGUAUUUAAUUCCGAGAAUGCAGAUCAGUUUUUGCGCGGGAUUCGUGAAUGUUUGACGUACUUUGAAAAUCAGGAGAAACAUCAAAACCAAACAGGAAGCGAAACGCGACCUGUGGUCGUGAUUUCAUCCCCUCCCUCUGUGGGGUUAUGUAGCCAUACGAGUAGUGCUAUUAGUGAAAAACCCGACCUCAUCAAGUCGGUUUGAAUGAACCAAAGAAAAAAAUUCAAUUUAAAAAUACUUAUUUGAUUUUACCAGCAAAUUUUUAUU